AUGACGCCUCGAUGGCUCUAUUACAUCACUACCAACGGAGGAUCCGCCAUUCUCAUUACACUCUGCCUGGUCUACCUAUUAACGUCCCCCGCCAGUGCAGUUAGGCCCGGGCGUAUGGCGGUACCGACUUUCCUGGACUUUACGGCCGGAGGAAAGGAGUGUGAAAAUGAUGGGACUCGACCAGAGAGGCUCCUCGCCAUACGAACGAUAGUGAGCAAAAGCGUUGAGGAGAUGGAAAGAUACUUGGCCACUUUUGACGACGGCCCAUGGGAUGCGGAUAGGGACCCGGAAUAUCCAAACGUCAAGCAGAUUACGAGUGACUUGCGGAGGUUUCCUCCGGAUUUCAACUGCCUUACCGCGGAGGAGUACAAGCGUUGGAGAGCUUCAAAGGGGAGGGGGGUGGGUACUGGGAGGAAGGGCGCUGAGUUAUACCCGCUCGAAUAUAGCAUGCAUUUUGAACCGAAAGGGUUUGGGACGGAGAUGUCGCGGAAACAGAAGGGUUUGAUUAUCUUGGGACCUGAGCUUUGGUUACAAAGUGAGUCGCCUCCCUCCAGGCGAGGGAAAUCGCCAAUUAGCAAUUCCUGUUUUCCCCCGGGGAAAAAAGUCCUCACAGCGUCUAGGUGGGCUGGAAGGCAAGGCCCGAAGAAUGUACACAUUGACCUAGCCUGGGAGAGACAACUGCACGUACGACCCGAGAGUAGAAAGACGCGUCCGUACGAAGACCCGGCACUGGUCCGUCCUUGCGCCCCCCACCAAACCAUGAAGCUCCGAGAGCUUGUUUUGCUGGCAUACGAUAAUGUGGUGAGUGGGGAUGGCAUGCUGGGAAUCUGCCAGGCCCCUCCCCCUUUCAGUUGUGCGUACGGGGAUUGGAAGAAUAUCCCCGGCGAAGGGUACCAGAGACCGCAAAUUGGAGGGGAGAAGGAACGCGAUUCAUUCCGAAAAGAUUUCGAAUUCCUCAGCGGUGGUUCUGAUUCGUCCUCAUUGGAUUAAAUGCCGGGACGAGGGAUUGGCUUUCAACAACAACCCUGGGCGAAUAGAGAUAUUUGUUUGUCCGAAGCUCUUC